UUUUCACAAAUCAUAAUCACAAAUUUUGUUGUUUACCUCAGCGGCCAUUCACGACUAAAAUCAAAGCACCUUUUUUUUCCCAGUUUUUCCAAGUCAAUGGAAACAAAAAUCAUAAAAAUCCAUCCACCAUUGAAGCUAAAAACCCCAUUGCUUUGCUUUUUUUUUUUUUUUUUUUGCUGAGUUUUAAGUAAAUUAGGAGUAUAAUUAAGUGAAAAGGGUGUUAAAGAAUCUUUUCUACAGUUCAUUGGAAGACCAUUUUUUUUUUUCAUUAAAUAGCUUCGGUGGAUAGUGAAAUGAAACUUUUUUUUUUGUUGAAACUCAUUAAUGGCUUAUGACCCCCUAUUCUCUUCAAAGCUCGUACCAUCAUUCUUUUAUUCUUCUUUUUAAAAAAAUUUCUCGGGAAACAAACAACAACCCUUUUUUAGCCAUUUUAGUUAGCUUAGCUUAAUCUUGAAGAUUACCCUUUUUUAGCUAUUUUUCGUUGGUUAAUUUUUUUUUUUGGCAGAAUUCAAGUUCGUGAUCGAAGAAGAUGACACAGAGCUUCAUGAGGAUUUAAUUUACAUCAAUGGGAGCUCAAAGAAAUGUGUUACCAAUCUUAUUUUUAGCUCUAAUCUCGUUCUUGACUCAUUCCGUGUUAACUCAGCGAGUUACAAUAAACUCACAAACCGAACGGCGAGCAUUACUCGACCUCCGUUCAUCGUUGGGUCUCCGAGGCAAAGACUGGCCGAUCAAAACCGACCCUUGCACCACCUGGACCGGUAUCCGAUGUCAAAACGGCACCGUUACGAACAUCACCGUUUCCGGUUUAAGAAGAACCAGAAUCGGACGGUUGUAUCCCCGGUUCAACGUCGAUUCAUUGGUGAAUUUGACCCGUUUAAUCUCUUUCAACGCUUCCGGGUUCCAUCUUCCCGGUUCAAUCCCUGAUUUGUUCGGAAACCGGUUGGUUCAUCUCGAAGUACUUGAUCUCCGAUCAUGUAAUAUCUCUGGUUCAAUCCCUAGUUCACUCGGUAACUCGUUCCGACUCAGUUCUUUAUAUCUUAGUAACAAUAACCUUGCUGGUUCAAUCCCUUCCGUAUUGGGUGAAUUGAAGAACUUAAAAUCACUUGAUCUUUCGAUUAAUUCACUUACUGGGUCGAUUCCAUCAAGCUUUGGGUCACUUAUAAACAUUGAAAAGCUUCAACUUAGUUCAAAUUACUUAUCUGGGUCAAUUCCACUUAGUUUAUCUUCAUUAAAAGCUCUUAAAGUCUUAAAUGUCUCUGAUAAUAACCUCUCUGGUUCAAUCCCUGUUCAAUUUAGUAACCUUUCUAAGUUACUUGAACUUGAUCUUAGUAAAAAUUCAUUGUAUGGAUCAUUACCUGUUGAAUUCACCAUGUUGAAAAGCUUACAAAAGAUGAUAAUCGAAAACAACGAGCUCGACGGUCGUUUACCGGUUGAUUUGUUUUCGAAUCUUGUUGAGUUACAAGUUGUGGAUUUGAGUGGGAACAAGCUUGAUGGUAAUGUUAAUGGUAGUUUUUGGUCAAUGCCUAAUUUGACAUUCUUCGAUGUAUCGAAUAACAACUUUUCGGGUCAUUUACCAGCUCCUAGUUCUAACCAUAGUGUUGCUCCGGGUGCCGUGUUUAAUUUGUCAAACAAUCAGUUUUACGGAACUUUGGAUUUUUCGCUCGGGAUGUUCAAAUUCAUUGAUGUAUCGGGUAACUAUUUGCAAGGCAUAGUUAAUGAUGGUGAAAGGAAUGCUAGUGUUAACAUGAAUUGCUUUUAUCGACCAAACCAGAGGAGUUUGGAUGAUUGUAGGAUCUUUUAUAACGAAAGAGGGCUACAUUUUGAUAAUUCUGGGGCACCACCAUCAACUGCUGCAAAAUCUAGUUCUGGGAGCCGAAGAUGGAUAUUUAUCUUCGCCGGAGUACUUGGUGGACUUGGCUUCAUUUUAGUUUUGGUAUUGGUGCUAGUGCUGCUCUUGAGACGGUAUAAUACGGGGCUUAUGAAUCAAAGACGGAGUACCGAUAUAGGGCCUGUUCGGGAAAGUGAUAGCGCCCCUCAACUUCCUAAAGAUCCUACAAAUGUAUCCGGUUCCGGAGAUCCAUUCACAUGCGAGCAAUUGCUCCGAGCAACCGGUAAUUUUAGUGACACGAAUCUUAUCAAGCAUGGUCACUCAGGUGACUUAUUCCGUGGCAUCUUAGAAGGUGGUAUCCCUGUGGUCAUCAAAAAGGUCAAUUCGAGCUCUUUCAAGAAAGAAUCAUAUACCACGGAAUUGGAAUUAUUCAGAAAGCUUUCUCAUACGAGAUUCAUCCCGCUCUUGGGGCACUGCUUGGAGCAUGAAACUGAUAAGCUGUUGGUCUAUAAGUAUAUGCCGAAUGGAGAUUUGGCUAAUUCGUUUUACAGGGCUAUCAACUCGGAUGACGAUAGUUUAAAGUCCUUGGAUUGGAUUACGAGGUUGAAAGUAGCUACCGGAGCUGCCGAAGGCCUAUGCUACUUACACCAUGAAUGUAACCCUCCCCUGGUUCACAGGGAUAUUCAAGCAAGCAGUAUCCUUCUUGAUGAUAAAUUUGAAGUGAGACUUGGAAGCUUGAGUGAAGUUCAUUCCCAAGAAGGGGAUACACACCAAAAGGUGCUCACGAGGUUGCUUCGGAAGCCGGGGACCUCCGAGCCAGGCCCCUCAGGUUCAGGUUCUACUUCAGCUACUUGCGCCUACGAUGUGUAUUGUUUCGGAAAAGUAUUACUCGAGCUUAUAACGGGGAAACUUGGGAUCAGUAAAGUGGAAGAUACAUCUACGACGGAAUGGCUCGAGCAAACCUUACCAUGCAUCAGCAUAUAUGAUAAAGAAAUGGUGACAAAAAUCAUGGACCCAUCAUUGAUAGUAGAUGAAGAUCUAUUAGAAGAAGUAUGGGCAAUGGCAAUUAUAGCAAGAUCAUGCCUUAAUCCAAAACCAUCAAAAAGGCCUUCAAUGAAACAUAUACUUCGAGCAUUGGAAAACCCGUUGAAAGUUGUACGAGAAGAGAGUUUUAGCUCCAUGAAGCUAAGAACGACUUCAUCGAGACGGUCAUGGAACACAGCAUUCUUUGGUAGUUGGAGACAAAGCUCGUCUGAGAACACCAACAUUUCGGGUCAACAAAACCGAGAAGGUUUUAGUGGUAUAAGGCAAGCAAGUAGAGUAGGUUCUCAUAGUAGUGGGAAUAUCGAUCACUCGUCUUCAAAUAAAAGGUCUUCGAAUGAAAUUUUCCCUGAGCCAAUCGACAUACAGGACACGGAGAGGUUAGAUGAGAACUAGCCGAUCGAGUGUUUGCUAUUUGUAUCAAAGAUUGUUAGUGCCGGUUCAACCUUCGGGUUUGAUAGCUGUGUUACGAGGAAACCUUAUAGGCUCCGACUAGGCCUAACCAAAGCAGCCUAAGCUGGCCAUGACGACAAGAUUGGGGAACUAUCGAGUGAUAGAGAAUUUUUGGAUAUUUCAAAGCUUGUUUUGUAGUCAAAUUUCUCAUUACAAGCAGCAUUUUUUCAGUGAAUUUGUCACUUUCUAUAUAGAGUGUAAAGUUGCGUUAGUACUUUUUGUUGCAUUAUAAGUACUACCACAACACAAUAUUAAAUUAGGGGAGAGCGUUCGAUUUAACUGGUUUGAUUAAAAAAAUCUGAAAUUCAAACUCGAUUGGUCAA